UUGGAUUGGGCUAAGAAUGUAGGAAAGCAACUAGGCUUUGAGAUCAUUAUUAGAAGGUCUGAUUGUGGGAGCAAGGGUCGUGGGAGUAAAGGCAGACAAUUGACUAUUUUGGUGUGCGAGAUGAGCGGCAAGUACAAACCGUACAAGCCUGUGUUGUUCAUGUCGCCUUGGUAUGAUGACCAUUAUUCCAUUGACGGCAGUGGACCAACAUUGGAGGAGGCUUACAUCAACAUCUGCACCUGAUGAAUCCCAACAUGUUUUGAGAUUGAGCAUUGCGACAGAGUUAGAGGUCAUUGCAAAGAUGUUUGAAGAAGCUAAUGUUUCGAGAAGACAAGCUAUCAAAGUGAGGCUUCGAGAGAUUGCAUACCCGGAUCAGACUUCUAUGUGUCCUCCUCCAAACAAGUUGCCUACAAGGGGUCGGCCCAAUGAACCUAAGGGUUCUACCAGACGCAUUCCUUGUUCUUGGGAGAAUGUUGAUGCAAUAGUUGGGUCAAAGCAAGCUAGCAACUCAUUAGCUCCACAAGGCAAGGGGCGUAAGACCCGGUCGGCAAAACGGAAGAGCAUUCCUUCGAAGCAAUCUGCACCUAAGAAGAGAAGCAAGAGGAUAGCAAGCAAGUCAGCUCAGCUCCCGCCACAGCACCCGAAAGGCAAAGUUUACUCGGCCAACUAUAUCCAUGAAGUGCCCGAAUUCCUCCGUGAAUAUGUCAUUGACAUUCACAAUGUUGAAGAUGGUGGCAAUUGUGGAUAUAGAUGCAUUGCUUCCUUGAUGGGUAAGGGAGAACAAAAUUGGCGUCAAGUCCGAGAAGACAUGAUAAAGGAGGUUAGAUUACGGCAAGGUGUUUAUCAUGGUAUGUAUGGCACCGACACACAUUACCAAAAAGUUCUACAAGCCUUGCAUCUUGCUCCAAAUGAGUUUGCAACGGAGGAGAAGUGGUUAUGCGUGCCGGAUAUGGGCCACAUUGUUGCUACGAUGUACCAGGUUGUGUUCGUGACCUUGUCUAAUCGGGGGGGCGCCACCUACUUCCCUCUCACCGGUCCAGUGCUACAUCCGUCAGUGCACUAGAUUUUAUGUUUACUCCUUGUCAACAACAACCUUUGGGUGAAGGUGCUUAUUUCAAGUGACUUUCCUUUGCCAACGGUUAAUCCACAAUGGAUGUAUCACUGUACUGUUGAAGCUCGUGGUUGGCAGCUACCAUAUUUGGAUCGCAUAGCCCUAUUCAACAAACUCUCCCGAGAGGCAAAUGUAGACAUACAUAAGGUCGAUGGAAUCAUAAAUCUCGCUGAAGAUUAGUUUCGUGAUGUUG